GACGGUUUAGCUCAUGAAUAUUAAUCGCGUCGCCUUCACCGUAGUAGGAGGAACAGUAAAUCCGCUUCCCGGUCGCGCACGGAGCUCCGCCGCCGUGAUUGCAGCGAAACAGAGGAAGAACGAGACGAGUUGACUACAAUCACUCUUUCUGAAUUCAAAGUUACACCAUUUUCCAGUUCCUUCCGUACGUUUGAGUCAUGUGAGGGAGAUUGUAAUGUCCACAGAGCAGGAUAAAGAUUCAUUCUCUCUAAAACGAAACCGAGGAGGUGACGGGGGGCUGGAUAUUUUAGGCGGUCCUGGGCUGCUGUUGGGAAGCCCAGAGAAAAAGAGACGCAGGUCGAGCACACAGGCGCCAUCCUUCUCUCCUCUGUCUGAAUAUGCGCCGCCUCCAAACCCGAGCGCGGAUCACUUAAUAGCCUCCAAUCCUUUCGAUGACGAUUACAACUCGCCAUCCCUGAAGGCUCUUCCUCCUGCCAACCCUUAUUUUGUCCACUCACAUUACCCAGGGUUUAGCAGCUAUGGGCCGCCGAGGAUGUCGCCCAGGAUGCCUUCUCCAUUCGGGGCUCCUUACCAGAUGCGAAACCAGCCUCAUCCUUUUCCCCAGAAUCCCAUGGGAUACAACCGGACGCCGGGAUUUAACUACAGCCACCCUGAAAACCCAAAUUACGGGCAGCCGUUUAGCAGCAACAUCCACUUCAGACCAAAUCCAGGAGAGCACCUCAGUCUUCAAAAUCUGAGGCAAAGUGCUAGUCCAGGUGGACUGGUUUUCAGUCCGGAGGGGAAUCCGAGCCCGAAUCUCUCUCAGCCACAGAAUAACUUCAUGCAGUGCAUUACGCCAACGCCCAAACAGGACCCGAGUGAAGCCAUGAACAAAAGCACCACGCAAAACUGUGAAGAAAACAAGACUCAGGACAACGCGCCAGAGCUGAAGACAAAGAGCGGAGCGGAAAAACUCAACGGCGUCCUUCACGCCAACAACGAAGCCAUGAAGAAGUCGCCACGACCCACAGGCAACAACGGCGUUUCGAGCAAUAAUAAAGUUGUGAACAGAAGGAGCACAUCGUCCUCGUCCGAGCCCGUCUAUCCGUGUGGCAUAUGCCUGAGCGAAGUGAACGAUGACCAAGAGGCCAUUCUGUGCGAGGCAUCCUGUCAGAAAUGGUUCCACAGAGUUUGCACUGGAAUGACGGAGACGGCGUACAAUCUGCUAACGGCCGAGACGUCCGCGGUUUGGGGUUGCGAUGCUUGCAUGGAGGACAAAGGAGCGCAGCUGCUAAAAACACGAGAGGCGUCAGGGACAAUCACGAGCGCGACUGACACUGAGAGCCACUGAAGUGUCAAAGUCCCUACUCUAAUUGAGUUCCAAAGUUUUACUGGAGCAUCCUUUGGUUUCGACUCACCUGGAAUGCUUUUAAUAGUGUUGAAAAUGUGUUUUUUUUUGGAGAAAGGAGAAAGUGAGGGUGAGUGAGUGAUUAGAAAUCAUUUUUUGAACGCACACUACUUUUGAAAAGUUUGGAGUCGGUAAGAUUUUUUUAUUUAUUUAGUCUCUUCUGCUCACCGAAGCUGCACUUAUUUGAUCAAAAAUACAGUAAAAACUGUGAAAUAUUAUUGUAAUUUAAAAUAAGUUAAUAUAUUGU